AUGGUGCCGCAUGGGUUCAGGUUCAAUCCCACUGAUGAAGAGCUCAUCCAAGUCCUAGACAGAAAAGCUUCUGGCCAAGAAAUGCCACUUCAUUUCAUUCUCGAAAGAAAUGUUUACGAGCGUGAACCACAGGAUCUUGAAUGGAAUCAAACCGCUCCUUUAAGCAAUGGUGAGAGAUACUACUAUUGUACGAGGGAGGCAAACUAUUCGAGGGAAGUACUCGGUCGAGGAUGGUGGAAAGCUACGAGCCAUGUCAAGAAAAUACAUGCUAAUAAUGAUGAUCAACUUCUUGUUGGGAACAAGAGGCCUUUAACAUUCCAUAGGUUCAAGGACAAUGAAAGAAAUCGCAAUAAUGCCGUCAAGACUAAUUGGAUUAUGCAUGAAUACAGCCUUGAAUCAAGAACCACGGAGUGGAGGCUUUGCAAGAUUAAGUAUAAGGGGAAACCAAGUGUGCAAGAAGAGAUGGAGAGUAGUUCGACCAAUUUUGUUGGUGGGCAACAGCAACAGGAACAAACCUCACUGCCUACAAAUUAUGAAGGAUAUGAUCAUCAUGAAUCCUAUUAUCAAUGGAACAAUAUGCAGCAGUUACCACCAUCUCCAUAUGAUCCUUAUCUACCGCCGCCACCGAGUACUAGUAGUGGUCACUAUUAUGUGGAGCAGCAAGAGAAGUUAUUAGAGCCCAGUGAUGAGCACCCAUUUCCUAAUCUUUGGUCUUGGACGAACUAG